AAUCGGAAAUUUGAUGAAGUCUUGUCAUUUGGUUUGAGAUCUUCUACUUGAGGUGGUCAGGCAGUCAUCAUGUUAACUAAAGUUGUCUUGCUGGUCAGUUGUCUAGCCUACUGUCAUGGCAUGCAGAGUUUAUUUGACGUGUUAUCGGCUAAUAACGGUAGUACCUUGGUGAGCUUGAUAAAACAGGCUAAUUUAACCACCGCUCUCUCAGGAGACGGACCAUUUACCGUUCUCGUACCAACCGAUGCUGCCUUUGCCGCCAUUCCUAAGGCGGAUCUUGCAAAACUUACCGCCGACCCCGUUGCCCUGGCCAAUGUUCUCAAAUACCACGUAUUGGCCGGAGAGGAAUUUACAUUCGACGUUGUCAAUGGUAGAAUUCUGUCCACAAUAUCAGGACACUCCAUCAGAUUGUACGAACAGGGCGGUUCCAUCUUCUUCAAUGAUGCCAAAGUUUUAAAGACUGACUUGGAAGCCUCCAAUGCUGUGGUAUAUUUGAUUGACAGAGUUUUAGAUGUACCCGAAGGCACCAUAAUGAACAUAUUAGACAGCACAGCCCACAAUCUGACCAUGUUUGCCAGUUUGAUCAGAAAAGCUAGACUCGAAUACAGAUUAAACUUUGCUAGCUCUAACGCCAACUACAGAUAUACAAUCUUUGCUCCUUCCAAUGCUGCCUUUGCCAAAUUACCUGCCAAUGUUAACAAGAUCUUGAAUGGAAAUUCACCAUAUCUAAGAGAAGUCGUAGAUUAUCACAUCCAUCCUGGCACCAUCCAUAUUAAAAGUUUAGAUCAUGCUGGUAAUAUCAGAACUUUACUGGGAUCUCAUUCCAUCAGAGUCGACACAGACAAUUCCGCUAUUCGAUUCAAUGGUAAGGCUUUAUUAGAAGAAUCUGAUAUCGAAGCUGAGAAUGGUGUCGUACACGUGAUAGACAACGUUUUGAUUCCAUCAAGUCUUGGCCACAUCAUUGGUUAAACAUCUACCUACAUUGGUCUUUCCGUAUUAAAACUCUAAAAUUCAU